AUGGCCUCCUCCGACCCGUCCCUCCGCCAGCGCCGGCCCUCCGUCUCCGUCUCCGAAUCCCUCCUCACAACAAUCAAACAAGCCGAGCUUAAAGUCGAGCAAAAGCUCCUCCUCCUCUGGGACGACCUCCCCUCCUGGCGCCGCGACAACGCCUUCAUCCGCUCCGGCUACCGCCCCAUCCGCCCCUCCUACGCCGAGUCCGCCCGCUCGCUCUUCUACCUGCACAACGAGUCCGUCAACAUCUGGUCGCACCUCGCCGGCGCCAUCGUCGCCAUCCUCACCGCCCUGUACGUCUAUGUGGUUGUUCGCCCGCGCUAUGAGGCUGCUAAUUCGUCGGAUGUGCUCGUCUUUGCGUGCUUCUUUGGGAGUGCCGUCGUGUGUUUGGGCAUGAGCGCUACGUAUCACGCCUUGACGGAUCAUAGCCAGGAGGUUGCCAAGUGGGGGAACAAGCUCGAUUACACGGGCAUCGUGGCGUUGAUUGUGGGAAGUUAUGUGCCGGCGCUGUAUUACGGCUUCUUCUGCCAUCCGAUCUUGAUGGCCGAGUAUCUAAAUCUAAUAUGUCUUCUUGGCCUUGGAUGCAUCAUCGUCUCCUGGGUCGAAAGGUUUAGGACGCCCGCUUGGAGACCCUACCGCGCUCUCAUGUUUGUCAGUCUGGGCCUUUCUGGCAUCAUCCCAAUAGGCCACGGGCUGCUCAAGUUUGGCUAUCAAACCCUCGAGGACAGGAUGAGCCUCAGCUGGGUCGUUCUGCAUGGCUUCAUGUACAUAUUCGGCGCAUUUCUCUACGCGAUUCGCUGGCCAGAGAGGAGCAACCCUGGCGCAUUCGACAUCUGGGGCCACUCCCAUCAGAUUUUCCACAUGUUUGUUGUACUUGCAGCAGCAACUCAUUUCUACGGCAUGGCCAAGGCGUUUGAUCAUCACCAUGAGGGCAUGGGCUCGCAGUGCUUAUCAUAG